AUGCCUCGAGUUAUGAUCUGCGGGGAUUUGGUGUGGGCGCACGAGGAAUGUGUGGAGAUGUUUAGGGGAGUAGCGGAAGUCGUGCGCAUGGGUUCGCCGAAUCGUUCAGACUUUCUCUCUGGUUUAAAGCCCGGAGGAAAGUACGAGGGUAUCGUCGGUCUGUACAGACACAACGUCUCCGCAGACCGUAUCGGGCUUUUUGACACGGAGAUCAUCGACGCCCUAUCGGCCGCCGGAGUCAAAUGGAUAGCCCACAAUGGCGCAGGCUACGAUCAGAUCGACGUGCUGUACUGCAAAGCGAAGGGAAUCUGGGUGUCCAACACGCCGGGAGCGGUCGACGACGCAACCGCCACCACCGCGCUCUACCUCAUGAUCUCCGCCCUCCGAUGCUACUCGCGCGCAGAGCGCUCCCUUCGACAGGGCGCAUGGAAGUCGUCGCAUCGCGCGGGAGAGGCGCACGACCUCACCGGGCGCACGCUCGCGAUCCUGGGCCUCGGCGGGAUCGGGACGCGUCUCGCAGAGCUCGCGCACGCGUUUCCGAUGCGCGUUAUCUACCACAACCGUGGGCCGUACGCGGGCGCACCGCCGUACGCCGAGUUCUUUGGGGAUGACCGUAUGGAUGAGUUUCUCGCGCAGGCGAAUGUGCUCAGCGUGCAUGUGCCGUUGAAGGACGAUACGGUGGGGCUCGUGAAUGAGAAGAUGAUUAGGGGGCUGAAGAAGGGCGCGGUGAUCGUGAAUACUGCGAGGGGGAAGGUGAUUGACGAGGCUGCGAUGAUCAGGGCGCUCGAAGAUGGGCAUCUUGGCGCGAUCGGGCUGGACGUCUAUCCUGACGAGCCGAAUGUGAACCCGCGGCUACUCGAGUUCCCUAACGCGACGCUGCUCCCGCAUAUGGGCACGGAGACGUGUGACUCGCAAAAGAAGAUGGAGAUACGAGCACUGACGAACCUCCUCGACUUUUUGCAGAAGGGCAAGGGAGGCGAUGUCAUACCAGAGUUCAAGUGA